CUUUUUUCAUGCAAUGCAAUUGCAUACUGCAAAGAGAAAGGGAAUCUUUCAUCUCUCUUUUUUGAUAUUUUUCAGAAAAGCCAGAAGAUAGAGAGGUUGGAGGAAAUGGACCCAUUCAUAAUCGAUUAUUAUUGGUCUGCUUAAAAGCAAUUCUAUUUGUACAGCUACAAAUUCAUUUUGGUUGAUCACGGCGGCUCAAAGCUGCUUCCAGAAUUGGAAAUUGUGACAUACCCACCACCAAAAGCUUCAAAUUAGCUUCAUCCCUUUUCUCCUAUUUGUGAAAUUUUGUGUUCCAUUUCUUACUCGAUCAGCCAUGGAAGUACAGAAGAGUUCAGAUGGUUUUCAUCUGCAACACAGUGAAAAGCAACAUUCGGCUGCUGGAGAAACACGCUCACAGGAUGCACCGAGAACAUUGGAAUCAGUUUCUAAAAGCUUUGCUACUAGUUUUGAUAGACUUACGAGUUUCGGAAACAUAUAUUUUGAAGAAGAAGUUAGGAGUAAAGGCUUAGGAUAUCUUAAAAGAAUUGUUAAUAGACACCCAAUAUUGCUUCAUUUGUGGAAUGAAAUACUUGCCAUGUUGUGUGUGAUUGCUACCUCAUUGGAUCCUUUGUUCUGUUACAUCCUGUUUGUUGAUGAAGGUAAAAGGUGUGUUACUUUUGACAAGAAGUUGAGGACAAUAGCUGUAAUUCUUCGCUCAAUCACAGACUUCCUCUACAUAAUUCUUAUUGUCUGUCAUUUUCAAUUUGGUUAUUCCUCAUUUUAUAAUGCAAAUCGUGGUGGUGUUGAUGAUGGUAAUUGCACAAAAGCAUGGAGAUUCUUGUGGUCCUACUUCACAGUUGAUGUUCUCGCAGUUCUUCCACUCCCCCAGGUGGUGGUUUUAUUUGUCAUUCCAAGGUUCAAAGGAUAUGAAUUUAUAUGUGCAAUUAGGUCAUUGAAGUAUAUUCUCCUUGCCCAAUAUUUGCCGAGGAUCUUUCGAAUCUAUGCAUUCUUAAAGAAAGUUCGAUGGACUGCUAACAUUCUCCCAGAAACUGCUGGGGCUAAAGCUGCAUUCAAUCUCUUCCUUUAUAUGCUUGCAAGCCAUGUUAUUGGAGCAUUUUGGUACUUGUUCACCAUAGAGCGAAAAACAACUUGCUGGCUUGAACGCUGUCAACAUUGCUCUUUAAACUGUAUUUACGCUUCAGGCAAUGCAAGUGCAGACAGUAUUUGCUCUGAAGAAGCUAAAGAUGGGCCGAACAAUUUUGAUUUUGGGAUAUUCAAAGAUGCUCUUCGUAUUGUGAGGGCAAGAAAUUUCGUUAGGAAAAUCUCUUACUGUUAUUGGUGGGGUCUGCAGAAAUUGAGUUCUUUGGGUCAAGACCUCAAAACUAGUGACCAUUUGUGGGAAGUAUACUUUGCAAUCACCAUUACCAUUUCUGGCUUGGUAUUAUUUGCACUUCUUGUAGGAAAUUUGCAGACAUAUUUGCAGUCAACUAUAGCAAGAUUAGAGGAAAUGAGAUUGAAGGGGCAAGAUAUUGAGCUGUGGAUGACUUACCAUUCCCUCCCACCAAAGUUGAAGAAGAGGAUUAAAAAGUAUGAACGGUUCAAGUGGCGAGAAACCAAAGGUGUUGACGUCGAGCAGCUUCUUCAUAAUCUUCCUAGAGACCUAAGAAGGGACACAAAACGACAUCUUUGCUUGAGUUCACUCUCAAACGUUUCAAAGCUUCAAAACAUGGACGAGCAAUUGUUGAAUGCAAUCUGUGAUUAUCUGAAGCCAGUGCUGUACAUUGAGCGCAGCUUCAUUGUUCAAGAAGGAGAGCCACUGGAUGAAAUGGUGUUCAUAAUUCGAGGCAAGGUAAUGAUCUAUUCCAAAAGAGAUGGCGAGUCCGGAGCUGAUUCCUCGGAGUCCAAGUGGCUUACCAAAGGUGACUUUUAUGGAGAGGGUCUUCUAGAUUGGGCACUACAAAAUCCUACUUCAGCCACUGUCCCCAUAUCUACCAAAACCAUCCGUGCACACUCGAAAGUCGAAGUGUUUGUGCUUAUGGCAAACGAUUUAAAAACCGUACUCUCUAAGUUCUGGUGGCUUUUCAGCAAAAACUCUCCAAGUAUGAAAGCGAUGUGCGCGCCGUGGGCAGCUUUAGCUUUGCAGUUAGCAUGGCGUCGAUACUGCAAAAGUAAGCGCGAGAAGAAGAUCAGAUCUCCUGAGUUAGCUACCGAAGGAAAGAAUCCUCCUGAACAGAACAUAGCAGCCCCAGCCAGAGUCUCAGUUCUUGCCUCGAGAUACAUCGUCCGUGCUCUCUGCGCUUUAAAGAAAAAGGUUAAGAAAACACGGGCAGAUCAAACCAGCAGAGUCUGAGAAGAGAACUGUUGAUGUAACUUCGCUUCCAUUUACCUUUCUUUCUCAGUUAUCAUUAAAUGCUUCAUCUCUGUAUAUUCUAUACUCAUUCCACUGUCAUCAAUGUGAAUAUGUGAUGCUACCUUGUGAUA